ACAAAGAGAAUUGACUCAUGGUUAUUGUUGUAGCAGAAGGUGCGGGACAGGAGCUUGUUGCCGAAAGCAUCCGAUCAAUGGACCAAGAGGAUGCUUCAGGAAACAAGCUACUGCUUGAUGUUGGGCUAUGGAUAUCGCAGAAGAUUAAGAAUACAUACAAACAAGCCUUGCAGCAUUGCAAGAUUAUCCCAAAACAAACAACCUCCAGAAGUUCCUUAUCCACAUCAAACAGGUCAUCCUCUCCAAAUUCUUUGAACAUUUCAGCAAUUAAUGAAAAUGAGGUUUUAAGCAUGGAUGAAUGGGAGCUAGAUUGAUGGAUUUUUUUUAUUUUUUAUUUUUUGAAACUAUUCAAUUUAUUAUUGUAAAUAUUAUUUGCUGCAGCUCAAUGCAUGUAAAAGAGCCACAUAGGCAUGUAUAUUUUUUUUUACAGGAAAACAAUCACUGGGUGGGUGCUCAAAGAUCUUUGAGCACCCAUCCAGACUAUCCAAAUCGACAGGUCACUGACUACCCCUACAAUAAACUAAGGGGAAUUGUUGGAUCUUGAUCCGGUAGUAGACUCCCAGGAGUUUCAACACCCGGUCAAGGGUUUCAGUAUCCAUGGGUGGUGAAAUCCCACUAUGGCGUGAGUGUGUGUGCGUGUGGAAAAAAAAAAAAAGGGGAGUUGUUCGAUGUACUUUAGCAGCAUAUGACACUUGAUAAGCAUGCACUCUAAAAUGAUUACAGUGGAACACACAGUAGCAGAUUAAUGGUCCCAAAAUCAGAUGCGUCGAGCAAUCCCAACCUUUGGUUUGUGAAAACUUGUAUUUUCAUUUUAAAUGGUUAAAUAAAUAUCCACCAAUUUAAUA